AUAUUGUCCAAGUGUGUAAGGAUGUCCAAUUCGACCACCAACUUUUACGCGCUGUCUCAAUCCUUCAGCUUCUCUGACAUCAUCGUCAUAGUUACCUAUUUCCUUCUCAACCUGGCCGUAGGAAUCUGGUCAUCAUGCAGGGUGAGCAGAAACACGCUGAGCGGCUACUUCCUGGCAGGGCGAGAUAUGGCCUGGUGGCCGAUUGGGGCUUCGCUAUUUGCCAGUUCAGAGGGCUCGGGUCUUUUUAUCGGUCUGGCCGGGACGGGAGCUGCUGGGGGCAUCGCUGUCGCAGGCUUUGAAUGGAAUGCCACUUAUGUGUUGCUGGCUCUGGCCUGGGUGUUCGUUCCUGUCUACAUCUCCUCAGGGAUCGUGACAAUGCCCGAGUAUCUGGGUCGACGGUUUGGAGGCGAGAGGAUUCGAACCUACCUGGCUGUCCUCUCACUGCUUCUAUCCGUCUUCACAAAAAUAUCAACUGACCUCUACUCGGGAGCUCUUUUUGUCCAAGUGUGUCUAGGAUGGAAUCUCUACCUGUCCACUGUCCUCAUGCUGGUGGUGACAGCGCUUUACACUAUCGCCGGUGGUCUCGCGGCUGUCAUCUACACUGACACUCUGCAAACACUGGUGAUGAUCGUAGGAGCAAUUAUUCUCACCAUCAUGGCGUUCAACAAGAUCGGCGGCUACAGUAACCUGGAGAAAGUGUACAGCAUGGCGGUACCGAGCAAGAUCAUACCCAACAGUACCUGCCACCUGCCUCGACAGGACGCCAUGCAUCUGUUCCGAGACGCCGUUACCGGAGACCUGCCCUGGCCUGGCAUGACGCUCGGGCUCACCAUUCUGGCAACCUGGUACUGGUGCACUGAUCAGGUGAUUGUCCAACGAUCCCUUUCCGCCAAAAACAUGAGCCACGUGAAGGGAGCGUCCAUCCUGGCUGCCUAUCUGAAGAUGCUGCCCUUCAUCUUCAUCGUCCUCCCGGGCAUGAUCAGCCGCGCUCUCUACCCAGACACAGUGGGAUGCGUCGACCCCGAGGAGUGUGUACGAGUGUGUGGCGCCGAAGUGGGAUGCUCCAACAUCGCCUUCCCCAAACUUGUCAUUGAGCUGAUGCCAAGCGGCCUACGUGGUCUUAUGAUAUCGGUGAUUAUGGCCGCUCUGAUGUCAUCGCUGACGUCCAUCUUCAACAGCAGCUCCACGUUGUUCACCAUGGACAUCUGGAAGAAGCACCGGCCGCGAGCCUCAGAGAGAGAGUUGCUGCUGGUGGGCAGGAUCGUGACAGUGAUCUUGGUGGUGGUUAGCGUGGUGUGGAUUCCCAUUUUGCAGUCUGCCAACAGCGGCCAACUGUACGUUUAUAUUCAGUCGGUGACCAGCUACCUGGCGCCGCCCGUCACGGCUGUCUUCACCCUGGCUGUCUUCUGGAAGAGGACCAAUGAGCAGGGCGCAUUCUGGGGCCUUAUGGUGGGUUUGGUGGUGGGGGUGUGCCGGAUGGUGCUGGAGUUCGCCUUCCCCCCUGCCAGGUGUGGCGUGGUGGACUCGGCGCCAGCGGUUCUGCGCCGCGUCCACUACCUCCACUUCGCCAUCUUACUCUGCGGGCUCAGCGCCGUCGUGGUCGUCGUGGUGUCGUUGCUAACGCCGCCGCCCAGCCACGAGCAGUUGAGGAACCUGACCUGGUGGACUCUGACCGAGGAGUCUCCCAGACAAAUCCCUCUACAGAAAGUGUCCUCAGUCAGCCACCGUAGUUCUCAAGACUCUGAGCCAGCACGUCAGCUGACUUGCGGUAACGGCCUGCGAUUGUGCACCGCUGCAUUCCGCCGAGUGCAGGAGACUCCCAGAGUUCCGAGCGUCCGCGAAAGCGCCUUCUGGUCUAGGUUUUGCUGUGCGAACGCGCUCCUGCUGGUCAGCGUUAAUAUUUUUCUCUAUGCAUACUUUGCCUGAGAUUUAGGGCGAAUACAUCCUGCCUCGCCCCGAUGUCGUUGAGCGCCAGCCAAUAUCUACAACAGGAACCGCAAACUCCACUGACCGCCGAGAAGGGGAAGGGGGUUUGUUCAUGUUAUUCCUAUAAAGGGAAAUAAAUGAGUGGGAUUUAAACAUUUUAAAAUAUUACACCCAAAAGCCACAUCGGUAACUUUUUGUGAGUUGUGUAAUAUCCAAUACAACACUUUCUUUUUAACUUUUAGUUUAAAUUGGGUUUUUUUUGUGUGUGUGUUGAUAAGUAACUAUGAAGAUAAUCUAAUAAAAAAAAAAAAAAAAAAAAAAGCCUUGUCUGUCAUUGUCAUGCCUUUGGAAAAAUACAUCCAAUGUGUGAUCUUCUUUUUUUAAUAAGAUUUUAAUAUGCCAUUUCCUUAAUUAGUUUUUACUUUUUAUGUUUUGUC